AGGGAGAGGGAGGAUGCUGCCAGCGGAAAAUGGCUGCUGCAACCUCAAGCCUAUCCUGAUACACCGAAACGACAUCAAGGUGGCGAGAGAGGGCGAGAGGAAGGGAGAGAGGAAAAGAGAGAAAGAUUAGGAAAAUGAGAGCAGAUAGAGAGAGAAUGUGAGUGAGGCUGUGAGUGUUUCCUGAAAGGAGGAUAAAGAGAGAGAGAGAGGGAGAGGGAGAGAGAGGAGACCCUGGGGUGGGCUGCUGCAAGCGGCGGGCAACACCGAGCCAUGGAGGGCGAUGUGCGUGUUCGUGCAGUGGUGAUGACACGUGACGACUCCAGUGGCGGUUGGGUGCCCCUUGGAGGUGGCGGCCUCAGUCAUGUGGUGAUAUGUAAAGGGCGGAGUCAUGAAGGCAGGGGGCGGAGAGAAUACAUCAUACGCGGAGAACGGCUGCGAGACCGAGCACCGGUGUUGGAGUGCGCAGUGCAAAGGGGGCUAGUGUACAAUAAGGUGAACCCCAUCUUCCAUCACUGGCGAGUAGAAGAUCGAAAGUUUGGCCUUACGUUCCAGAGCCCCGCCGACGCCAUCUCUUUUGAGAAAGGGCUGAAACUUGUUUUAGACAAGCUCGACAGAGGCUCUGAAUCCCCCUCGUCCUCCACACCAGAAGAAGCCGACACGGAGGAUGAUGGACAAGCUUCUCAUACAGGAAGUGAGUCGUCAUCCAACAGCAGAAAGGAGAUGCUUCCCAAACCCAUCACCAUAGUGACAAGCGAGUCGUCGUCUACAUGCUUCGUACGGUCAGAGGAAUUUAGUUUUGGAUCCAGCCGUGCCGUCACAACCCAGACGCCUGCUCAGAUCCACACCAGGCCAGGACAGCACUCGCAAAUGACGGCUGUGUUGAAUCCGCCAGCGCCCCCGCCCCCACCUCCUGCUCCACCCAGUCCUCCUGUGGGUCAACGAGCCUCGUCUCCCCUUUCCCCCCUCUCCCCUACCAUUUCCCUGCUGGAGGAAGGGGACCUACGCAGUGUAGAUCCUUGCAAAGACCUGUGGGGCUCUCGAGGUUAUGAGGACUAUCGUCGGGCGGGGGCCACCAGGACUAUGGUUGGGGGGCUGACCGGGGGUGUAGUUGUCAGCGGUGGAGGGAGCCUGCAGGACAAGUCAGAGCUGUGCGUGGUUCGCUUUGAGAAGGACCUGGCGGGAGUGGGGACGGCGGGCUGCGAUGUGACCGUGAGCCUGGACAGCAAAGCUUCCCGGAGACUGUCCUCGUCCUCGCCCACAUGCGUGUCCAUGCCCAACGCGGUUUCAGGCUCGUCCUCAGCUGCCGGCUCUCCCCCAGAGACGUGCAAAGGAUCCCCCUCUCCCUGCUGCAUCCACACCUCGCUGGCUACCCCCCGGUCGCGGACUCGUAAGCGAGGAGGAGGGGCCGGCAGCGGCGGGGGAGACCCGGGGGUGCUCUCCCCCGACGACGACAGCCCAUGUCCUCAGGCUUCAUCGUCAUGCUCGUCGCGCUGCGUGUACUGCCGCUCGGUUUUCAGCGCUUCGGAGAACGGGCGGGGUCGCUGCAGAGACGCCCCGGACCCGGCCCUGCACUGUCUGCGCCAGUGGACCUGCGUGUGGUGUGCAGAGAGCCUCCUCUACCACUGCAUGUCGGACUCUGAGGGGGAGUUCUGGGAGCCUUGCUCGUGCGACGACUCGUUGGGGGGCCACCCGCACCCCCUUUGCUGUGCCCGCUGGUUGGCCCUCCUGGCCCUUUCGCUCUUUGUGCCCUGCAUGUGCUGCUACCUGCCUUUGCACGCCUGCCUGCGGUGCGGGGAGAGGUGUGGCUGCUGCGGGGGAAAGCACAAGGCGGUCCGAUGAGGCCGGGCUAGGGGAUGCGAGUGGUUCCCUGAAUCAGCUAAGGUCUGGCUGUUGAGAGGGCGGAGCAUCCGAAGGCUCUCGGUAGACCCAGAACUCCGACGUGGCCCUCCGAAGCCCCGCGGCCUUCCACUGCAUUCCGCUCGUUCUCUUUUCAACCUGGGGCCUUUCUCACUGGCCCUCGCCUGCUGAUGGUGCACUAGAAUCAGACCAGGCUCUAUGGGAUUCAACUGAAGCCUUCACAGUGGAUUUGAGGGUUGGCUGAUCUAGAAUUGGCGGUCAUAGACUUUAAUACAGUAAGAGAGUGGCAGAGGCAACAUGUGUGAACACUGUUUAAAAUGUCUUGGGCGGGCAGAUGUUUAUAUAUGCGAUUGUUAGAAUUUUAAUUGGUAUAAUUUAUUAAAUAUAAAACAUAUUGACACAAUCCCCCAAAGGCACACACUAUCACAUAAUACGAAAAUGAAAUUGUGGGGAAGUUAUUUGUUUCAUGUUGGCCUGUUUAUCAGUCAGACCCUUUACCUCUAAUUUUACCUCAGAUGUUACUCGACCCCCGUUAAGAAAGCAAAUGGAGGAAGGAGAGAGAGAGCUUUGGGGAGAGGGAGCACGAACGAGUGCAGACAGCACGAGCAUCCGAGACUAUUCUGGUUGUUUUUUCGGUUGAAGUAGUAGACAAUAGUUGAAGGAAGGUUAUCAAAUGCAAAGAGACAAUUCAUAUUAUGGGAAGUUGCAACGACAACCACAAAGACUUAAAAGUCAUAAAGUGAUUCAUUAUGGUCCCUUUUUAACCAAACACAGGUUCAUUUUGUUUUCUAAAAAGAAGAAAAGUAAAUAAGGAAUGUGUGUAGAACAUUAAACACCAUCAGUUUACACAUAUCUUCUCAUCUUUCAUGUAUUUUCAAUAUUGAUAGUAGAAAACAUCCCAUUUCAUCACUGUAAUUGUUGAACCAUUCAAGGUGCUUACAACUGAGGCCUCUGAGCGAGUCUAUUCUACCUAACGUACACAAAAAAUGUGCAUUUCUAACCCCAAAGAAAAACCAAACAGGAUCCCAUGCUUACCGAUCUGCCGAUGUGUUUAGGCCUUUGGAUGAGACGCCGCCAAAAAAUGAAGUGCAAUGAACAUUGUAUUAAAAGAGUAUUUUUGUACCAGUCGCUCAAGUUAGAAAAAAACAUGUUCAAAAAUGGUUGGAACUAAAUACUGUAGUGUGUUACUGUGUCCACUAUGAAGCAGAAAUGAUACACAGGAACACAGACUUGUCAUUCGGCAGCCGCACAUGUGUGACAUUUACACUUACAGUCUGUUGACCCCGAGAUGAAGAAAAUAGAUAUUGACUUGAAAAAGACAAAUGGCGAUAGGUCUUUGUUUGGGCCCAGUGGCAGAUGUGUUUGCUCAAUGUUGCUUUAAGCUUAUUUAAAGUUCCUGCUGCCUCUUCGAUGCCAUCGAUGAGGUGGUGCGAAAAAGUAUUGUACUGCACUUGAGGUGCUUAGGAAGCAAAAUAGUGAGUGAGGAAGGUUUUUUGUAAGUUUAUAGCUGGGCUUUAAGACAAAUUCCCCCGGAUUUAGUAUAGCCUCCCCACACCAGUAAAAUAAUUCACGGUGUACAUAUUCCAGAAAAGAGAGACUGGAGACACCAGUUGCUCCACAGAAAAUUGCUUCUUGACGAAAAUGCAAUGCAUACUCAAUAUUCAUAAAAUCACAAUUUAUGUUGACAGAAGGAGGCUUUAAUAUCAAAUACUGUUACUAUAAAAUGCUUAAACAAACUUUUAAAAACAAAUAUUUUCAAAAUACCUCAUGAAAUGCAUUGAACAUCAAAGAUGGAUGACAUGCCAGCAGUGUAGAGAAUCUGCAACCCAUUAUAUUUUGAUUUGAGACUACUUACAGUAGGCUCUGUAUGAGGAAGUCACCCAGUAAACGUUGAAUUAGGGCAGAAUAAACCUUUCAGAAGCUUCACCAGAUUAUUUAUAUUUUAGGUCAGCCACGGUUUUGUCAUCCAAAGUGACUUAAAGUGAGUGAGCAGGCAGUAAGCAGGGUUCAGAGUCGUGAACACGACCCUUGACCUGGAGACUGCCACCACCAGAUCCUCAUUUAACCGGCUGUCCCACACACACACAAACAAAACCACACACACACGGUCCCCACAAAUCUGCACUGCAUAGAACUGAACACAGACACACACGUUCACUCGAUGGUGCAGAUAUACAGGACUAGUAAAGCCAUUGCACACAGUUUGCUACUUCUGGUUCAGAAUUGGUGUUAGGGUACAGUACUGACAGUCAUGUGGUCACGAUUGCAGGCCCCAUUCUUACAUCUUAAUAAAUGUGCCUUUUGAUUUGAGUAAUCAAUAACUUAUGAUUUUGAAGUAACUCUGUGUUAAGUACUAUUUACUUUUUUGGGUUGGGUUGAUUUCUGCCAAUGUGCAUAUUUUCAAAUGUACGUAUUUAUUAGUUUCAAAGUAAUUAAUGAGAUAUUACCUGUUUAUUUAUUUAUUGAGAUAUUUAUUCUGAUUCUUUAUUUUUUGAGACAGGUUUUUAUUCGUGCUGUCUUACUUCUGACUUUGUGCCAAUGUGCUGCUUUGAGGUGUUACAUAUCGUGGGUUUGUAUCAUUAUUAAACCCUCAUUCUAUAUUUUAAA